AUGUGGGAAGUGCUGCUGUCCCGGCGUCUCAUCUUUGAGAACGUCCUGAGGGAGCUGAACAUGAGGUUCCACUUCCUGAGUGUGCAAUGGAGAUUCAGCUCCCAGGGAGUGGAUGCGUGCACCCAGCUCUUGGCUGACACGCUCUCCAUCCCCGGUGCCCUUGCCCUGAGCCCCAGUGGGACCCAGGGGCUGUACUGUGCGGAGAGCCCUGCAGGCUUGGUCGGUCUCUCACUGCCAUCUUUGUUUCAGCUGCUGGCCUCCAGCCAUGUGACACCAAAAACGUUUGCUGGGGUGUACAAAAUCCGGAAGCUGCUGCUGCCUCCAAGGCUGUUCUCCAUGCUGCUCCAUGGCCUCGUCACACUGUCAGAGUCACCUGACUCGGCAAGGAAAAUACUGGUCAUGCUGCCAGACUUGACGAACAUCCUGCACAGUGUCCACAGUGACGACAAGAUGAGGGCCCUGCUCAUAUUCAGAAACGUGAUGGGUCAUUUGAAGAAGCAGGCCAGCUCCAUCGCUCUGGAGCUGGCCGGGCAGCUCCGUCAUCUCUUUGAUGAUGAGCGCAGCCAGAUACGAGAGCUCUCCAUCUGCCUCUUCAAAGACAUAAUACAGAUGGCGGAUUGGAAGGACAAGCGGCAGAUGCAGAAGAAGGUGCGGAGGAGCCUGGUCCCACUCGUGUUGCACAUGAGUGAUGAGAUGGAGAGCGUGGCCAAGGCCUCUCAGGAAGCCCUUUGGGCAGCUGCGAAGGUGCUCAAAUGCAAAGGGCUAAGUCCCCAUGUGGAGACACUGGAGAGAUGGAGAACUGUGGAGCUCUUGCUGGAGCAGGAGCAGAGCAGAGCUGAAGAAUACGUGUGUCAGAGCCUGCUUUACCUGCAGCAUGCUCAGGUCAGCGUGAGACUGGCAGCCGUGAGGUUCAUCGGUAAGCCGCAGCCCCUGGAGUCCCUCUUUUGGCAGCCUGGCCCCAGUCCCAUCUGCUGCACUGGCAACGAGGAGCAGCCCUGUGGCUGCCAGAGCAUCGACUGCCCCGUGCAAGGCCUGUGCAGCCAGGGGAUCUGUGCUUCCCCCUCCAACCCCUGCCCUCGCAGCGGGGCUCAGUGGCACCUUGCUCAGUGCCACCUCCCCCUGGGUCCUGUCCUUCCCUGGGAUCACCCUGCUGAGGGGAAGAAGGGGUGCAGCCAAACCGGCAGAGGCGGGGCCGUGCUGCCGGGAGCGUGCUGGGCAGCAGUGGGUCUGAUGGAGCUCUCUGCACAGGGCUGGCUGCGCGGUGCCUGAAGGACAACAGCAGGGACAUGCUU